AUGCGGCUACUCAACACCACGACCCUUGAGUUUAAGGAGUAUCUCUCGGAACCACCACGUUGUGCCAUCCUCAGCCACCGCUGGGAGGGAGAGGAAGUCUCAUUCGAGGAAUACUCUCUAAUCUUGGAAUGUCACUCGGAACCAAAGGAAGACAUGCCAACAUACCUCCGCAAUCGUGCCAAACGAUCUGAGCUGACAGCGGGCUACCGAAAGAUUCUGAACUUCUGCUCUUGUGCCAGGACCAAUGGUCUAGAUUGGGCUUGGGUAGACACCUGUUGUAUCGAUAAGAAGAGCAGUGCUGAACUGUCGGAGGCCAUCAACUCAAUGUUGACUUGGUAUGAGCAUGCCCAAGAGUGUUAUGUAUUCUUGAGCGACGUGUCGGCCCCGGAAAGAGCAGGUGAACUGCCUGAUCUCUCACGCAGUCAAUGGUUCCGCAGAGGUUGGACAUUGCAAGAACUCCUUGCUCCGAAUCGCCUGGUCAUCUAUGCCGAGCAUUGGGACAAGAUCGACCUUGCACGCACCACGAUUAUACUACGUAAGGUCCUGGUUUGCUCGGGAGGCCACAAAUCCGCAAGUGUCGCGCAACGCAUGAGCUGGGCGGCAGGCCGGGCUACGUCACGAGUCGAAGACAUUUCUUACUGCCUGCUUGGUCUAUUUGGUAUCAACAUGCCGCUGUUGUACGGCGAAGGCACUGAUGCUUUCCAGAGACUACAGCGAGAGAUUAUCACGCGAUAUCAAGAUUUCAGCAUUCUUACUUGGACGAUGCCAUGCUGGUUGGGACAUACAGACUCCCAUCGGCUAACAUUCGACUGCGUAUCACUCGAUGCGCUGGCACGUAGCCCCAACUCCUUCGAGGACUGCGGUAAUAUGAGGACCCUGGCCUUCACCGAACUUUCGCCGUCGGACGUACCCAUCCAAAUCGCGAAUCGAAGGCUAGAAUUCUACGGUCUGGCCAACGCUGUGGCAAUAGAUAACUCGCACACGAUAGAGUUUCGUCGCCGACACCUCUUUUUCGUAUUGCUGCGGUCUGCACACUCCAAACCUCCCAUGGCACAUGUCUCUGAACAGCCCGUGAUCAUAUUGCUGGGCGAGACGUUCUCAUGGCCCAACGAGCUGGGCCCGACGAGACGGUCACGGUCCUUCGACGCAUACUCACUUGUCACCGACUCGAGGGUCACAUUAACAUCACUCGACUUCGGCGGUUAUUGGUAG